GAUUGAUUUGAGAUGAUUUCAAUGACAGGCCAAUCGUGUAUUUAUACUUAUCUGUGUUGAUGGAACAGGCAAUUUCCAUUUCGAUUAAGAUGGAAGUACACGUGCAGCUGUAUUAAUAUCAUUAGGAAGAUCUAAUUCCCUUAGACCGUGUUGAAAUACCCUUGCCCGAUGUAGGUCAACAGGUUUCACAACAAAGUUAUGACGUAUCGACUUUCCUACGUUGAAGAACUAAUCUGCAGAUUGAUAGAAGAAAGGUAUAAGCAUGAUUAAUUCUGUUUGCUGCAUAUAUUUAUUCGUUGAACUUCGACUUCGAGCACCUUCUACCGCAAGCUUAAAGUCGUUGCGCAUAUUAUAACGUGGCACACAUUUUCAUUUUCUACAUCAAUCUCGAUGGCUUCUCCUGCGUCGCCUGCUGUCCUCUUGCCUGCGAUAGAUGGAGCGCGUGUAGAGCUCGGGAGGAGGACAGUCACACACACACCUACGGUGGAUCACGUGAUGAGCAGUAUGAGAAAUCCUUCUGCUGAAUUUUCCGGAACGACCUCCACGCAGACUGUGACGCCACCACCAGCAAACUAUGAUGAUGGUGAGGUGAGUUACCUCGAUCGAAUCCAGAAUAUCCACUAUAACCCUUCCCCAAGAACCGCAACAGGAGUGCCUCGUGGUCAUGGAAGUGGAGCAUUUUCAUCACAGGCAAUUGCUGAUGCAGCAACAGCAGCUAGUGCUAGUAGUAUGAGCGAGGAGCAAGUGGACGCGGUGGAGUACCAUGCUGGUUCCACAACAACAGGACGCACCAACUGGCCUGCAGUUGCAGUGUUGGUGGGUCUUUCAGUUGGUGCAGGUGCACUUGGUGCUCGGUACUCGGUGAGGGCGGCCCGACGCGCGAUGGAAUCGAUGGCCGCCAACACCGCGACUGCUGCGUCAGCAAACGGAGCUUCGUCGUCCUCCUCAGCGAAUGCUUCUUCUAGCGGUGGUCUGUUCGAGCUGCUGCAAGGCUCCUUCAUUAAGCGCUGAGGUUUUUCAUUUUCUUCCAAACAUUCACAACUCCACAUUACUAGAUAGUUGUAAGUAAUGAAGAUUUGAAGCGGGAUCGAUUAGAAUUAGGCUGUUCAUCUUGCACAUCGCAUAGGCAGCAAUCACGCACACGCAAAUACCAAAGAUCUGACAAGAAAUAGAUAUAAGUACUUAUCAUUCAACAAGCACAUCAGACAGAAAUAAUCUGAAUCUGUGGAGAAUGUGAAAUAGCACCACAUCAACCUUCUCCUGGUUCUAAUUUGAACAAACAAUUUGGGUCGGGAAGCACGACCGCUGGAGGAUCGGGUACGACCACGACUGCAGCAGGAAACUUUUCGUCAACCCUGAAAAACCUUUUCACAUGGCAGACAAUGGACGGGUUCGAGAGGGAGAUGUCACGAAGGGAGGCGUUGAAAAUCCUGAAAUAUGACUUUGAUCAUAGAUAUUGCUCGACGAGCUCGCUUGAAGUCCUCAAACAACAUGAUGUAGUAAGAAGUGUGUACUCAACAUUGUCGAUUUUGAUUAAAAUUGUCGCACGACGACUUGAAGAAGCCGAGCACUAGUAUUACUUAUCUUGAUGAUCAUGGGGAUUCUUUCUCUUUCAUGAUGCUACAUGAUCAUGAAGACUUGUUCGUUUUAGGUGUACAAGAUGAAGUACGUAGAACAAGUUCUUGUGCCUAAUCACCCGCUUCUAAUGCUGCCUUCGGAUGACUCAAAUGGAUAAAGAGACUGUGCGGAAGCAACACCGCGAUCUUUUGCUGCGCAACCAUCCUGAUCGUGGUGGCUCGACUUACAUAGCGACGAAAAUUAACGAAGCCAAGGAAAAGUUGAUUGGCAAGGGGCGAGGCUGAUUUUUUUACGGGCUUCACUUUCUUGGUUGCAGAAUGCAGACACAAACAAAUAAUAUGCUGAACCCGAUGAAGAUGAAGUUGAAUUUGAACAAAUCAAAUGGUGGACGACAUGGACGUAGUCGCAGUAUUAUCAUGAUGCAAAUGAUGAGAAGAUGACGAAGCCUCAUCGUUGUCGUAACAAAAGUUCUUUAUCUUGUUCCAACCGGUUAACUUUUCACUCGUUUUUUCACUCCCUUCACCCCCUAAUUAUGUUCUUCUAACUCUCCUACUCUCAGAACUCUUCCGUCUCCUCAUCUUCUGACU